AUGCUACUACAGCAGCUCCGGGUUUUUACACUUUUAUUAUCACUGGCUUCCUUUGGUUCAUGUAUUUAUUUUUAUGCCAAUUCUGGUGAAGUAAGGUGCUUUUAUGAAAACUUAUCAAGUGGUCAAUUAUUAAUAGCGGAUAUUGACACAUCUGUGGAGAAAAAUGGUAUAUAUGAAGAAGAUCAAGAUGUUACGGUAUCAAUUAGUGUGGAUGAAACAUUUGAUAAUAAUCAUCGUGUUUUAAAUCAAAAGAAUUCACAUACGGGGGAUUUUGCAUUUACUGCCCUAGAUGAUGGUGAACAUAGAGUUUGUUUCACGCCUUAUUUUGCUGAUACUAAAUCUAAGAUAAGAGUAUUUGUUGAAUUAGAAAUAGAUCAUGUAAGUUCUUUGGAUAGUCAAAGGAAAGAAGAUGUUGAAUCAAUGAAGAGAAGGACAUCCCAAUUGAUAGGCAGAUUGAAUAAAAUACGUCAAGAACAGAAAGAAAUCAGAGAAAAUGAGGCAAUCUUUAGAGAUGAGAGUGAAGCUGCCAAUAGUAAGAUUAGAUUUUGGUCAAUUUUACAAGUCAUUGUUUUAAUCGUUAUUUGUUGGUUCCAAUUGGGUUACUUGAGGAAUUUUUUCAUUAAACAAAAAGUCUUAUAG